AUGGACGACUUACCUACUUUUGAUGGAGGGGACGCUAUGCAGACAGACUAUCUGUACACCACAGAGGACUCAAAUCCUACCGAUUUCAUUGAACCAGCACCUCGUGAUGACAUGUCAAAAGAAGGAGGGGGCUCAGAGUAUGAAGAAUCUAUGGAAGACGAUGCCAAGAAUGGUGUUGGCUCUGUCGAAGAUGACGACGAUGACGACGAUGACCACAUCCACCCUCAAGACGACGACAUGUCUUAUGAAAACCAUAACUUCGAUGCUGGAUACAACCACAACCAUAACUCUCCUCGAUCUCGUCAAAACCAAUCACCGUCUCGUAAACACUCGUCGUCAAAGAAGCCUCAGAAACAUGACAAUUUUCAAGAAUUGGAUCCUGAUCUAUAUUUAUUGAGACGAUCAGGUCGCUCCAAGCAUCAACCAUCUAGAGUCGAGGAAAAGUCAGAAGAUGAAGACGACGAUGCUGAAUCAUCUAUGGACAGCGAUAAUGAUGGUGGUGAUAGCUAUGGUGGUGGUCGUAAACGUAAACGUGGUAAAGCCAAAGGACGAGCGCCUUCUCGACCAAAACGACAAGCUCGAGAGACGGUAGAUGACUCAGAAGAAGAAGCUCGAUUCACCUCCGAAUCUGCCAAUGGUGAAGAAGACGAUUGGGAUGGUGGUGGACGCUCUCGAAAACGUCCUGCUGGCUCUCGUCGCAAAAGCAAGAGCAAGAAAUCUCGUACUGCUCGAUUUGUAGACGACGGAGAUGAAACUCCUCUCUAUGCUGAGCAACGCUUCUCGGUCCGUCAUCGAAAUGCCAAGAAUUAUGAUGAGAGUGCAAAUUCAGUUGAUUAUGGUCUCUCUGAAGAAGAUGAAGAAGCAGAAAGAGAAAUGCUCAAAAAGAAAAAAGUCAACUAUCAAGAAGCUGUAGAAGACGAUCAAGGCAUAGAACAAAUCUGGGAUUAUCGGAUUGUACCCAUGACCAAUGAAGACAAUGAGGAUGAAGACGAAGAUGUCUAUGAAUUUCUCGUAAAGUGGAAGGGCAAAUCUCAUCUCCACAACACAUGGCAAACUGCUGACUCCCUCAGGAAUGAAAAGGGGUUUCGUAGAGUCGAGAACUUCUUUAAAAAGAAGGUCGAAGGUGAUCGAGAGUUCAUGACUGAUCCCAAUUCUACUCCUGAAGAGAAGGAGCAGUUUGAGGUUCAGAACGAGAUGCACCGUAAUGCCUUAAAGGACUAUACUCAAGUAGAACGAGUAGUCGCAUCUCGCUAUUCCGAAUUUGGUACUCAGUAUUAUAUCAAAUGGAAGCAACUUUCGUAUACGGAAAAUACUUGGGAGUCGGCAACAGAUAUUGCUACAGAAUUCCAACACGAAAUCGACAACUUUUUGGAGCGUCAAGAAAGUCAAACCUUGCCGUAUCUUAGCGAUAAACACAAGAAACGACCUGCCUAUAAACCAUUCAAAAGUCAACCUGCUUAUAUGGUCGGUGGAGAACUACGUGAUUAUCAGCUGCUUGGUGUCAAUUGGAUGGCUAAUCUCUGGCACACAAACCAGAAUGGCAUCUUGGCUGAUGAAAUGGGUCUCGGUAAGACUGUCCAAUCCAUAUCCUUCUUGAACUACCUCUUCCACGAGAUGAAGGUAUAUGGCCCAUACCUGAUAGUUGUGCCUCUCUCCACCAUCACAUCCUGGCAACGUGAAUUUGCACGUUGGGCUCCGGAAAUAAAUGUAAUCAUGUAUCAGGGUAGCUCGGAUGCUCGUCAAAUCAUCAGAGACACCGAGUUCUAUACUCAAGUCACUGGAGCUCGUGGUGGUAAUCAUGGCAGACAAGUCAAAUUCCAUGCUCUCUUGACGACAUAUGAGUAUAUAUUACGAGACAAGGUGGAGCUGGGUGCCAUUAGGUGGUGUUACCUUGCAGUUGACGAAGCUCAUCGACUCAAGAAUGCUGAAUCUCAGUUACAUGAAGCUCUAAAGGACUUCCGUACUGAUAAUCGUCUAUUGAUUACUGGUACUCCGCUUCAAAACACAAUUCGAGAAUUGUUGGCGCUCACCCACUUUAUAAUGCCUGAUCGUUUUCAUGAGUUUGAAAACUUUGAGAUCGAUCUGUCUAAUGGAGAGAAUGGCCAAAAGGAUGUCAUGAGUAAAAUCCAACAACUUCAACAUGAAUUGAAACCAUUAAUGUUACGUCGUCUCAAACGAGAUGUAGAAAAAUCCUUGCCAACCAAAACCGAACAAAUAUUACGUGUAGAUCUGUCUGCCAUGCAGCUUAUGUAUUAUAAGGCUAUCUUCACCAAGAACUUUACCACUCUCACAAAUACGUCACGUACUGCACAAGGAGGUGCUUCUCUCAUGAAUGUCGCCAUGGAAUUGAAAAAGGCAGCCAAUCAUCCAUACCUCUUCGACGGUGCGGAAGACUCUACAAUUAGCAAUAAGCAGGAUAUAUUGCGUGGUAUUAUAUCGAAUUCUGGUAAAAUGGUGUUGCUUGAUAAGCUCUUGACUCGACUCAAGGAAGGAGGACAUCGUGUCUUGAUAUUCUCACAGAUGGUUCGACUCUUGGAUAUUCUUUCGGAUUAUAUGAGAUCGAGAGGUUAUCAAUUCCAGAGAUUAGAUGGAACUGUGCCUUCGGAGCAGCGUAAACGUGCCAUGGAGCACUUUAAUGCUGAAGGAAGUGCCGACUUUGUAUUCUUGCUCUCUACUAAGGCUGGUGGUCUUGGGUUGAACUUGGAGACAGCAGACACUGUCGUCAUCUUUGAUUCAGAUUGGAAUCCUCAAAAUGACCUCCAAGCUAUGGCUCGAGCUCAUCGUAUUGGACAAAAGAAGAUAGUCAGUGUGUACAGAUUUGUCUCCAAGGACACGAUAGAAGAAGAGAUCAUUGAUCGGGCAAAGCGUAAAAUGGUCUUAGAAUAUGCCAUCAUCAAGCAGAUGGAUACCUCUGGUCGUAGUGUGCUUCAGAAAGGAGGACAAGCAGAACAGACUGAAAAGAUGACUCGAGAAGAGCUUCAGACCAUAUUGAAGUUUGGUGCUCGUAAUCUCUUCAAGGCUCAUGAAGCUGCUAACGAAUUACAUGGAUCAUCUGCUGCUGGCGGUAAUCUGCUCGAAGAAUUCAACUUGGAUGAAGUACUCGCCCGAGCUGAAGAGAGUGAGACUACUGCUGAUGGUGGUGCCACUGAUGGAGGUGCUGAAUUCUUGGAACAAUGGCGUAUUGCUGAUGUCGGUAUAAAUGAGCUCUCUUGGAAUGACAUUAUUCCAGAAGAAGAGCGUAAGAAGUCGGAAGAGGAAGAACGCAAGAAGCAAGAAGAAGCCUUAGCUAGUCGUGCCAAACGAGCAGCCGGACCAGCCUCAUAUGCUGAAGGAGGUGGUGGUGGUGGCGCUGACGAUGAUGGUAAACGUAAACGAGGUCGUAAAGGUGGUAAAAAGAAGGAUGGUUCUUCUUCAGACAAGCUAGAUGAUAAAGAUUUACGUGCUCUCCAUCGUGCUAUGCUUAAAUGGGGUGAUCCUGAAGACAAGUAUGAAGAGAUUGUCAAGGAUGCGGAUCUCGAAGACAAGGAUACCGAUCUUAUAUAUGAUACGUGUCACCGUCUAUUCGAAGAUUGUCAGAAAGCUCUAGCCGAUCAUGAAGAAGCCAUAGCUAAUGUCACUGACCGUAAAGAGAAACGUAAAGAGAAGGCAGUCACCAUCGCCUUUGAAGGCUUACCUGCCGUCAAUGCCAAACAACUCUAUACUCGAGUAAACGACUUUAACCAUGCCAUGACUCGACUGAAACUAGCUGCUGAGAAGCCACAGAGCUUCCGUCUCUCGAAUCAAAUGAAGUCAGUCAAUUGGUCCCAACCAUGGACUCAUAAAGAAGACGCCAUGCUUGUAGCUGGUAUUGCUCGACAUGGAUUUGGAUCAUGGGCAGAGAUACAAGCUGAUCCAGAUCUAAAUUUGCAAGGUCGCUUCCAUUUGGGUGUUGAGAAGAAGGAUAUAAAAGAUGAAGAACAUGCAGCUGCUGAAGAUGAUAAAGCAGGAGGAGACGGCUCUGCUGGUAAAAAGCAUCUACCCAAAUCUGUGCAUCUAGUACGUCGUGGCGAAUACCUUCUCAAGGUAUUACGAGAAGAAGAAGAAGCUCGUGUAAAAAGUACUAAAGCUGCUGCUGCCAAAGCUGCUCGAGCUACUAACGGUACUCCAUCCAAGAAGAAGGAAGUUGAAGUCAAGGACAAACCAAAGAGUAAAUCCAAUAAACCACCUGUGUUUACGAAAACCAAGAAGCCUUCCGCACCCGAUAAGAAGCCAGCGUUGUCUAAACUAGGCCCUUUUGCUGAUAGAAAGGAUGUUAAAAAGGAUAAAAAGGAGAAGAAACCUAGUAUCAGUGCUAAACCUCGUAAACCCAAAGUCAAAUCUCCUACAACCGCUGCUGAACUAUUUGGCAAUGACAAUGAUCACUCUGAUUUGAGUGACGUCGACUCUGAUGAUGACGACUCGAUAUCUUCAGAUGACGAAGAGAGCUUGACGGCUGCAGAACGCGAGACAUUCAAAAUCUUGCUCAAACCUGUAAAGAAUGAAAUCAAGGCUUUGGAACGUCUUGAUGGUGAUAAGAAGGCUACCAAAGAUGAUAGGACGAAAGUUGCUCGAGAUACUAUAUAUAAUGUAGGCAAUUUCGUCAAGGCUGAAGCUGCUAAACUUGAUAAAGGUGAACGAGAACGUCAAGAGACACGAAUGUGGAUGUAUAUUAGUCAAGUUAUGUGGAUGGUUGAUGUUGAGUGGUCAAAGCUUCGAGAUGGGUUUGAAAAAGAAUCAGCACGUCGAGACGCUGACAAGGUCAAGAACGAAAGCAGCAAGAGCAGUGGUAGUGCUCCUGUUAUUGCUCGAAGCAAUACCAGCAACAACAACAAUCCAUCAACACCUCAGACACCCAUUGAGAAGAAGAAACCGUCCGACCUCCCAAUCAAAAAGAAGAAACCCAUUCCAGUAGAUACCAAUAAUAGUAGUACACACGAUUCCAACCACAACAACAAGGAUGAUGGACUUUCGUCUGCUGCUCCUGCUAGUGCCAAUUCGUAUUCUACAAGCAUGGAUCGUGGUCAUCAUCACCAUCGUGAUGAUAGAGAUAGACGUGACCGUGAUGAUCGUGACGACCGUGACCGCUCGGAUAGUCGUUAUAGACGCGAUGACUACCGACGUGAUGAUUACAAGAGCAGUAGGAGGGAUGAUUAUAGACGAGAUGAUGGGAAGGAUCGACGAAGGUCAAGGUCUAGGUAUGUGAUGGAAUCCCAGUCUAUUUAUUACUCCGGUGUUGGUGAUUUUUUGGCGUGGUUUAACGACUAUUACCACCCUUCGCAAAAGGUCUAG